AUGCUGACAAUUAGCCCUGAUGCUGCAAGACAUGAGCAAAAACUACCAGUGCAGGAGAACAAGCUGCUCCUGGCGCAGUUGAAGGAAGAGGUUCCGCGGCAGCUGCAGAUCAGCGGGUGGGUGACGCAGACCGAGUUCAACACGAAGGUGGCCGCCCUUGAGAGCUAUGACUACAACUUGGGUGGUGCCAUGGACUCUGCUUGGCUCUGCCUGUGUGGUGCCCUUGUCAUGUUUAUGCAUGCGGGCUUCGCGAUGCUGGAGACGGGCAGCUGCCGCGUGAAGAACGCCUCCAACGUCUUGAUGAAGAACUUGGUGAACCUAGGCACGGCUUUCGCAUGGAACGUCUGCGUGGGCACGCUGGGCUGGUGGGUCUUUGGCUGGGCCUUUGCCUAUGGCGACCAGGGAACUCCCAAGAAUGGAUUCAUCGGAACGAGCGAGUUCUUCGGCAUCGGCUUCUACACCACGGAUGCCACCACCGGUGUCAUCACGCCUUCAACUUGCGAUUCCAGCGGAUGCCAGAGCAAGAUGUUGAGCUGGUUCUUUCAGUGGGCAUUUUGCACGGCCGGAGCCACGAUCGUGAGCGGUGGCGUGGCUGAGCGUGUGAAGAGCCCUACGUAUGCGGUGUAUGCCUUCUUCAUGGCCAGCUUCAUCUACCCCAUCAUCGUCGCGUGGUCCUGGGGCGGUGGCUUCUUGGCCACCAUCACUUCCGUUGGCUACAUGGACUUUGCCGGCAGUGGUGUGGUGCACUUGACAGGUGGUGUGAGCGCCUUGGCAGGCACCAUCGUGCUCGGCCCACGCAAGGGCCGCUUCGAGAAUCCGGAGGAGUUCGAGUGCCACAACUUGCCCCUCGUCGUCUUGGGUACCUUUGCGCUGUGGUUCGGCUGGUACGGCUUCAACCCGGGCUCCACGCUCGGAAUGCACGACGGAGCUACGGGUGCUUUGGCUGCGCAAGUGGCCAUGAACACAACCCUGUCCGCGGCCACCGGCGGCAUCACGGUCUUCCUGCUGCGCUAUCUCAUCUUGAAGAAGUAUGAUGUGGGUGGCCUGUGCAAUGGUAUCCUGGCAGGUUUGGUGUCCAUCACUGCCGGAUGCGGCAACGUGGAGUGCGGCAGCGCCUUUGCUAUCGGCCUGGUUGGUGCCUUUGUGUACCAAGCCUCCUCCAUGCUGCUGCAGAAGCUGAAAAUUGACGAUCCUGUGGACGCCGCCCCAGUGCACGGCUUCUGUGGCAUCUGGGGAGUGCUCGCGGCAGGCUUCUUGGAUUGGGGCAAGGGCGUUGACCACUACCACGGCUGGUCAGGAUUUGGCUGUGUGAUGGACGGUGCCGCCUGCAAGACUGGCCUCUUCGGUGAUGCCAUCGGUGCGCAGUUCGCCCUCAUCGCCAUGGUCAUCGUCUGGUCCGGUGCGCUCUCCGGCCUGGCCUUCUUCGCCCUGAAGAUGACAGGCCUCCUGCGCAUCUCCGAGGAGGUGGAGGAGGUGGGCAUCGACACCCAGAGCCACUCCCCGCCCAAGGCCUACUCCCUGGGCGGGGCAGGAGCCAUCGAACAGCACAAAACAAUGCUUCAACAGCGCAAAGCCAGGAGCAUGAAGUUCUUGCUAAUCAUUGCGACGCUUGUUGUCGCGGUCGCUGGCGAUGCCGCACUCUUUGCAGAGGUGGAGGCCCUUCGAGCUGAAGUCCGAGAGCGCCAAGCAUCCUUGGAGGAGCAGCGUGCAGAGAUCCUUGCACUGCGGGAUGCGCGGCAGCUGCAGAUCAGCGGGUGGGUGACGCAGACCGAGUUCAACACGAAGGUGGCCGCCCUUGAGAGCUAUGACUACAACUUGGGUGGUGCCAUGGACUCUGCUUGGCUCUGCCUGUGCGGUGCCCUUGUCAUGUUUAUGCAUGCGGGCUUCGCGAUGCUGGAGACGGGCAGCUGCCGCGUGAAGAACGCCUCCAACGUCUUGAUGAAGAACUUGGUGAACGUCUGCGUGGGCACGCUGGGCUGGUGGGUCUUUGGCUGGGCCUUUGCCUAUGGCGACCAGGGAACUCCCAAGAAUGGAUUCAUCGGAACGAGCGAGUUCUUCGGCAUCGGCUUCUACACCACGGAUGCCACCACCGGUGUCAUCACGCCUUCAACUUGCGAUUCCAGCGGAUGCCAGAGCAAGAUGUUGAGCUGGUUCUUUCAGUGGGCAUUUUGCACGGCCGGAGCCACGAUCGUGAGCGGUGGCGUGGCUGAGCGUGUGAAGAGCCCUACGUAUGCGGUGUAUGCCUUCUUCAUGGCCAGCUUCAUCUACCCCAUCAUCGUCGCGUGGUCCUGGGGCGGUGGCUUCUUGGCCACCAUCACUUCCGUUGGCUACAUGGACUUUGCCGGCAGUGGUGUGGUGCACUUGACAGGUGGUGUGAGCGCCUUGGCAGGCACCAUCGUGCUCGGCCCACGCAAGGGCCGCUUCGAGAAUCCGGAGGAGUUCGAGUGCCACAACUUGCCCCUCGUCGUCUUGGGUACCUUUGCGCUGUGGUUCGGCUGGUACGGCUUCAACCCGGGCUCCACGCUCGGAAUGCACGACGGAGCUACGGGUGCUUUGGCUGCGCAAGUGGCCAUGAACACAACCCUGUCCGCGGCCACCGGCGGCAUCACGGUCUUCCUGCUGCGCUAUCUCAUCUUGAAGAAGUAUGAUGUGGGUGGCCUGUGCAAUGGUAUCCUGGCAGGUUUGGUGUCCAUCACUGCCGGAUGCGGCAACGUGGAGUGCGGCAGCGCCUUUGCUAUCGGCCUGGUUGGUGCCUUUGUGUACCAAGCCUCGUCCAUGCUGCUGCAGAAGCUGAAAAUUGACGAUCCCGUGGACGCCGCCCCAGUGCACGGCUUCUGUGGCAUCUGGGGAGUGCUCGCGGCAGGCUUCUUGGAUUGGGGCAAGGGCGUUGACCACUACCACGGCUGGUCAGGAUUUGGCUGUGUGAUGGACGGUGCCGCCUGCAAGACUGGCCUCUUCGGUGAUGCCAUCGGUGCGCAGUUCGCCCUCAUCGCCAUGGUCAUCAUCUGGUCCGGUGCGCUCUCCGGCCUGGCCUUCUUCGCCCUGAAGAUGACAGGCCUCCUGCGCAUCUCCGAGGAGGUGGAGGAGGUGGGCAUCGACACCAAGAGCCACUCCCCGCCCAAGGCCUACUCGCUUUCGCAGUGA